AUGUGUCCUGUUGCACGCGCAGCAGCGGCAGCAGUGGUGGUCAACGGAUCUUGGGCCAGCGACAGCAGCAGCGUAGCAGCAGCGGCAGCGAUGACAUCCCCGCAGCUGCUGUUCCAGGUCUCUGAGGGUCUGGAAGCCCCUAUCCAGCUCAUAUACCUGCUGUCGCUGCUGGGGUUCCUGUCAGUUGGGGCCUACCUCGUCGUGCGGCAGGUGCUCAUCCGCCGCGAGCUGGACGAGGCUGCCAAGGCUCUGGGGGAGCGCAUCCGCACAGGGCAGGCGUCAUGCGAGGUGCGGCCCCGCAGCCUGACGGCCCGCCCAGGCACAGGCCUGUCCUCCAGCCGGCGGCCACGCCUGGCGCUGGCGCUGAGUGGCGGGGAUUACUAUGAGCUGGGCGUGAUCCUGACGCGCAAGAAGCUCUACACACAGGCGACAAAGAACCUGGAGAAGGCCAAGCGCGUGUGGGACGGCGACGAGGCGGAGCUGGCGCAGGUGCAUAACGCCCUGGGCUUCUGCUAUUUCCAAAUGGCAAAGAACGAGCAGGCGAUUGGUGAGUACGAGAAGGCGGUGCAGCUGCAGGCGGGGUACGUGACGGCGUGGAACAACCUCGGGGACGCGUACGAGUCCACCAAGCAGUGGAGGAAGGCCCUCGAGGCUUACCAGACGGUGCUGCAAUACGCGCCCAACAACAAGGUGGCGUCGACGCGGGGGGAAUACUGCAAGGGCAGGGUGGAGAGGCUGGGCUUGUGA